CAAAAUAUCCCCAAGGAUUUAGACAAACUACAAAAAGUACCUCCUGUUUCUGGUAAAACCCUCUUCUCUGCACCAUAAACCCCUCCAUGAUGAAUACAGGAUCCCGGAAGGCCCGAACCCAUUCUGAAACGAUACAGCUGCAUUUGCAGUGGGAAUAGCACUUCCACUCUCAGCUUGCAGAUGUAUUACGUGUUUAGUUUCUGGCAGAGCAGCCACUGAUUCCAAUGCUUCUCUUGAAUAAAAUCACUAUCUUUGGACUAAUAGUUUCCCCACACCACAUAGCUGUUGUUGUCGACUGCUGGAAACUUGAAGCUUCUGUUUAUGUCAAAACCAUAAGGAAUUUAAUCAGCAAUGGUGACACAGUCACACAUACUCCGAAGUUAAUGGCGAGAAGUUAACUGCUGACAUGAAUCGGUUUAUAUCUAAUCCAGUCUUCUUCAGUUCACUACUUAAAAGGGUCAUCUUCUCCUCGCCCCAUUUCCUCUCCACAUCUGCUACAGCCACGGAAACUUUCAAACAACCUUGGGAUGCAGAGGAGUUGUCAAAAGAAGCUGUCUCGAACUUUGAGGACAUUGAAGACUUUUCUGAGGAAUCUUUUGGAAUUAUUCAAGACAAAGACUUUCUCAGGAAGACAACCAAUGGUGGUCUCUAUGUGUUGGACCUCAUUGAUACUGGGGCAAUCAAACCAAAUGCUUCCCUCUAUAAUAAGCUCCUUAAACGCUGUACUCAAUUUGGGAAGCUUAAGGAAGGCCGACUCAUCCAUGCUCAUUUCCUAAUAUCCCCGUAUCGGAAUUAUAUUACUACACAGAAUGCACUGAUUAACAUGUAUGCAAAAUGUGGGUCACUGGACGAAGCACGUAAAGUGUUUGAUGAAAUGUAUGAAAGGGAUAUGGUUUCUUGGACUGCUGUGAUUACUGGGUUUGCACAGAAUGGUAAGUCUAGUGAGGCUUUGGGGUUAUUUUCGGAGAUGUUCAGGAAUGGAUUUGUUCCAAAUCAAUUCACUUUGGGGAGUGCCUUGAAGGCGUCUGCUGUUGUCGGGAGCUUAGAAGGUAGACAACUUCAUGGCAUCAGCAUUAAGAUUGGCCUUUCUGGUGAUGUAUUUGUUGGAAGUGCGCUUGUUGAUAUGUAUGCCAGGUGUGACCACAUUGGAGAGGCAAAAGUGGUAUUUGACGGAUUGCAACAUAAGAAUGAGGUUUGUUGGAAUGCUUUGAUUGCAGGCCAUGCCAGGAAGAGUGAGGCUGAGGAUGCGGUGAGGUUGUUCGCGGAGAUGCGAAAGGCUAAUUUUGAGCCCACACAUUUCACGUACUCCAGUGUUUUUGCAGCUUGUGCAAAUGUUGGAGCUUUAGAGCAGGGGAAAUGGGUUCAUGGACAUUUGAUAAAGUCUGGUGUGAAGGUUAUUGCUUUUGUUGGUAAUACACUUCUCGCUAUGUAUGGUAAAGCAGGUAGCAUCGCAGAUGCCCGAAAGGUUUUUGAUAGGCUGGUUAAACGUGAUGUGGUUUCAUGGAAUUCCAUGCUUACCGUCUGUGCUCAGCAUGGACUUGGAAGAGAAACUGUGGAACGUUUUGAGCAAAUGCGUCGUUGCGGAAUUCAACCUAAUGAAGUAACCUUUCUUUGUGUCCUAACUGCUUGCAGCCAUUCUGGUCUAAUAAAUGAAGGACUCUACUACUUUGAAUUGAUGAAAAAGCUAAAACUGGAGCCUGAUGUCUCACAUUAUGUGACAAUUGUUGAUUUGUUUGGUCGAGCUGGGAAACUUGGUGAUGCAGAAAAGUUUAUACAGGACAUGCCUAUCAAACCCACUGCAGCAAUCUGGAAGGCAUUGCUUGGGGCUUGCAGAAUGCAUAAGAACAUUGAGUUGGGUGCUUUUGCUGCAGAGUGUGUAUUUGAACUCGAUCCACAUGAUUCUGGGCCCCAUAUAUUGCUUGCUAACAUAUACGCCUCUGCUGGUAGAAAGAAAGAUGCUGCAAAGGUGAGAAAAAUAAUGAAUGACAUCGGGGUGAAAAAGGAGCCUGCUUGUAGUUGGUUGGAGAUUGAGAAUAGUGUCCAUUUGUUCGUGGCAAAUGAUGACGCCCACCCACAGAAGGAUGAGAUUUACAAAAAGUGGGAGGAGAUUGCUGAUAGAAUUAGAGCAAUUGGUUAUGUUCCUGAUACUAGUCAUGUGCUUUGGUUUGUAGAUCAGCAGGAGAGGGAACUGAGGUUGCAGUUGCAUAGUGAAAAGCUUGCUCUAGCAUUUGCACUUCUGAAAACACCUCCUGGGUCCACCAUUCGGAUUAAAAAAAAUAUUAGAGUUUGUGGUGAUUGCCAUACAGCAUUUAAAUUUGUCUCCCAAAUAGUGGGGAGAGAAAUUAUUUUGAGGGACACCAAUCGGUUUCAUCAUUUUCUUGGUGGCUCUUGUUCAUGUGGAGAUUACUGGUAGCGCGAGAAUCAAUGCCUUACAUCUGACCGAUCAUUCAAUUUGAAAGGGUUAGUGAAAAUGUAUGGAUAUUUCCAUUUCUCUUUCAUCAUUGCAGAUUGGCGCUUGUAUUUCUCCUUUGCACUCUUGCCGUAUUGCACGAAAGUCCAGUUUGCUCAUCUUUUGGAUAUGUUCAUGUUUUCUUAGUCUUUUAACUAAUUAUGGUUAUAAUUUAGUUCCAUAUCUCAUCCAAUCAAGUUCGCAUCUGGAUCUGUAGCUUAACAUCAACUUGUUGCUGUCAUGCUGAUACUUUUUCCAGGUCCUAAAGGAAUUUGACAUGAAUGAUGAUGCUGUCGAUAAUGACAACUUGGUUUUCAACAGCAUAACAGGUAAAUUGCAAUUGUUCUCUAUAUUUGGUACAUACUGUUCUUGGAUGAGUACGGAUAAGUUGGCCACACCCAAAUGCUGCAGAGAGUUAUCCCAUCUUUAACAUAGAUGCUGAACAGUAAUGCUACAUUUGGUCGCAUGUGGUUUAAAUAUCAAAAUCUGAACAUAAUUGCCAAGUAAAAUUUUGCUUUUGCAUGAACGAAUUUGCAACUAUAGGAGGAAAAAAAGGAGAACAAUAUGGCCUAAGUUGCUGGAUCACUUUUCUGAAACAUAAGGCCUCAAGAUACAGCUGGUUAUAAUUUAUAUGGUAUAGAUACAGCUGGUUAUAAAGUUGAUAAAAGCAAACUUCUCUCUUUGUUAGUGUUAAAAUGCUUCCCUCGUGUUAUGGAAUCUGUCAAGUGUGCUGAAUUUUUCUCCAUUGAUGCACAACUAAUUCGCUUGCAGCCAAGUGCUGUUUCCCUGACAUUCUGCUGUUCUGAGAUGCUUUUUAAGCUGCUUCGUCAUUUGGCUUCAUAAACACUCCAUAUUAUGAUUGUAGUUUUCAAUUGCACCAAGAACCAAGCGGACAAAGCCUCUGCAAAGGCUUUUACUUGAAUGAGGCUCGUCAUCAGAUGGCGCUGCUAGGUUGUUGAAGUCCACGAUCAGUGCUGAGUUCAAGGCAUGUUUAUGGAAAGCAAACUCAAAAAAUGAACUGAAACUGGGGAUUCUUCAAGCUAGCCAGCCAUCAAGUUCAAGGCAUGUUUAUGGUUACUUCUCACCUACAGGAGGCAUAGAGAGCUGCAGGCAAAGCAGCUUGUAAGAUAGUUUUUGCUGCUGUCCCCGAAAAAAGAUGCACCGGAAUACCAAGAUAAUUUGAGUCCUAUAACCUCAAUGUUUGGACUAGAUUUUUUGUCAUACUGCAUUGUAGAUUGAGUAUAUUGAAUGACGAUACAACUGUAAGUCUGUAAUUAUCAUCAUUAUAUGAUCAGUGACAAACUAAAUGAACUUAAAAAGUUCCAAAAGAAAUAAUUCCUUUCGCAUUAUCAUCAUUAUAUGAUCAUUCCUUUCGCAUGCU